UAAUCACUUUGCCAGCUCUUGAUAAAGUACCAUCUUGGGUAUUCCCUGCAUCCAAUAAAAGGCUGGAAUGGGGGUGGAUUCCUUCCAAAUCCAGAGACACAACUAGCUGGGAGUAGUUUGAAUCUGGGAUCAUUCAAACUCUGGUGGCUGCACUGCUCAGUGUGAAACCUCCCAACAUGAAUGUGAAAUGCUGCGUGCUGAUCGCCCUUGUGCUUGCAAUAAUCUGCAUCAACUGGACCCAAGGAAAGCCGUCCUCGAUAAUAAACAGAUGUAAGUGUCGUGGGGGAACAAAGCGCCUUCACCCGAACCACAUCCAGAAGCUGAUUGUGCUUCCCAUUCCAAACUGUCCCAUGCAGAUCAUAGCCACUCUGAAGAACAACGGUGGCCAGGUCUGCAUUCACCCGAAGACAAGAUGGCUUCGCAACAGAAAAAGAUACCUGAAAUCCCUGAUGUAGACGCUGCCAUGAUGUGCGGAUCCUGUGGGCCUUGUCAACACAUUUAUAUUCCAUGGAGACUGCGAUCUGCUUCACUCAGUAACCAACUAUUGAAAACCCAGCGAUAUCAUUUACCAGCCAAACAUUUAUACCAGCAUGUGCUGACCAAUGCUUUCAGAUUCAGUGUAAUGACCAUCUCUAUAUUGGUUUCACCUUCCACACGCUAACCUUAUGUCUGAACAAAGAGGAGCAUGCGCAGGGCGUGACAAGGCAGUGCCUCUCAGUGGUCUGGUUUGGACCCAUCUCUUCUUGCACAGCCUAAAGUUGUAGGACAACUUGUUCUAUUUGAUCUUAUUUGAUUGUGCACGCCGGGUUGAUUGCAUUCGUUGAAACAGGGCGGACCACGUGAAGGUUGCAAUCUCCCACCCCGACCUAUGUAUUGAUGUGACAACCCAACUUGCUUCUUUCACCACAUAACUUGCAGGAACUCAACUAACCAAUAGAACAUCUCAAAGACCUGACCAAAAGGAUGGCAGGCCCACUGCGGGCAAGUUGGAGUGGUGCAGGAGAGAUUCUCCUACAUGUUACCUGGGCUUGUGCGCUUGAGCUAUAGGGAGGUUGGAUAGUGCUGGAGCUUAAUUCUUUGAAGGGUAGGAGGUGUGAAUUUAUAGCGAUGCACCAGAUACAUGGUAUAUACGUGGCUGGUCCAGAUGAGUUACUGUUUAAUGGUGACGCCAGGAUAUCGAUACAGGAGUGUAAUAAGAAGGAACUGCAGAUGCUGGUUUAUACCAAAGAUAGUCACAAAGUGGUGGAGUCAGGUCAGGCAGCAUCUCUGCAGAAGAUGAAUAGGUAACAUCUGAAGAAGUGUCCCGACCCGAAUCAUCACCUGUUGAUGUUCUCUAGUUUGCUGCCUGGCCUGCAGAGUUACUCCAGCACUUUGUGUCUAUCUAUUGUUACUGGAAACUUGGUGAUGGUGAAAUUGAAUAUGGAGUUGGUGUUUAGACUGUCUCUUGUGUUGGGGGGUAAUAUUGCUUUGCCAGUUAUCGGACCAUGUGAAUGCUAGCCAGGCGCUGCUCUGCCGAGGCAGGAGCUGCUUCAUUCUCUGACAACAGCACUCCACAGCCAACCUUUCACCUUAAAUGGAAAGCAGAGGCAGCGGUCGGUCGACAGUGAGGUGGCGGCACCAAGGGAAAUGAUGCAUCAGUCCCAGACCACAGGCCAACAAAACCCAGCAGGAAAAAUAAAUAAUAGCAGUUACCCGCCGGCCCCAUAAACAUUCAUACAUCACAAGGGGUCACGAGGGAUAAUCUGUUGGUGUUUUGGUCUGCUUCUCAUAACACAUAAACUUGCUCUGCUAAAUAUGUAGGAAAUACACUUUACACAUGCUUACAGUACGGCAUCUAAAACAUUCAUGCUCCUUUUCAUUUCUUGAAUGCUUUCUUUUGAAAAUUGCCUGUAGCUCAGUGAUGGCUCUCCCACCAGCUCUUGACCCUCUCAUCCCCUCCCCAUCCCCCUCUCCCCCUCUCCCCCCUCACACACCUCGCCCCCCUUGCCUCAAGUCACCCCGUUCCUGUACAGUCUUCCCUACACUCCCAUCCCCCCCCCAUCUCCGUUCCCCACUCCCCCCUCCCCCUCAGUCACCCU